AUACCCAAAACCUCUCAAAAAACCACCCCACCACCACCAAGAGAAAGGAAAAAUAAUCCCAUCAUCAUCAACAACAGCAAUGCUUCACAUUUUCCUCCUUUUCUCCCUUAUCUUCACUUCCACCAAUGUCCUCGCCCAGGACUUUUGUGUUGCGAACACGGCUUCGGGCAUUGUUACCCCAUCAGGUUACCCUUGCAUAAUGGAAGCAAAUGUAACCUCCGACGACUUCGCUUUUUCGGGUCUCGGUGUCCCAGGUAAUACGUCGAACAUCAUAAGUGCAGCUGUGACACCAGCAUUCGUUGGUCAAUACCCAGCCGUCAACGGACUAGGCCUGUCCGCCGCAAGGCUGGACUUGGCUCCGGGUGGUGUAAUCCCAAUGCACACUCACCCUGGUGCCAACGAGCUCCUUUACGUGGUCCAUGGUCACAUCACUUGUGGGUUCAUUUCAUCGGCUAAUAAAGUUUACUUGAAGACCUUGAAAAGAGGUGAUGUCAUGGUUUUCCCUCAAGGGUUAUUGCAUUUUCAGAUCAACGCCGCCGGCAAACGACCGUCGCUCGCCAUUGUUACCUUCAGUAGCCCCAAUCCCGGACUUCAAAUCCUUGAUUUCGCGUUGUUUGCUAAUGAUUUGCCGUCGUCUUUGUUGGAGAAAUCAACGUUCCUUGAUGAUGCUCAAGUUAAGAAGCUUAAGGGUGUUCUUGGUGGAACUGGUUAAGCCAUAUUUGAUUUGUUGUUUAUUUAGUUGUGUAAUAUUUUUUUGUUAAACGAUGCUGUUUGUGAUGUACGUUUUUUUUUUUUUUUUACUUUUUAUCUUUCUUUCUGAACGAUGUCGUAUUAGGGUUUACAUUCUUGUGUUUUUCUCUCGAUUCAGUAGUGUAUUGUGUUUAACGUUGUGUUUUAUCA